UAGGCAGGGCGGGGCGGCCGGGGACAGCAGCUACCGUUCCUUGGCUCUGGACCCGUGGCCGGGAGCCGGGACGCCGGCGGGCGCCAGGACAGGCCGCGCGGGGCGCGGUGCAUUGUGGGAAGCAGCAGCCAGGUCAGAUGGCUGUGUCUCGGCGGGGCUUCUGCUGCCUCUAAGGGCUCUCGCUCCAGUCGGGCCUGCCCGGGUGGGACAAUGGGGCCUCUGCUGCAGCUGGCGAGAUGGGGCCUCUUGGGCCGUAGCCUGCCUCUGGUCCAGGCCGCGAGGAGCCUCCACUGUGGGGUCUCCAGCUGGAUCCAUGUGAAGUUGCCCCCUGAACCUAAAGAGGUUGAUCGCUGGACAGAGAAACGAGCCUUAUUUGGGGUCUAUGACAAUAUAGGAAUUCUAGGAGACUUCCACAUUCACCCCAAGGACUUGAUCACAGGGCCCAAGUGGCUGCAAGGCUGGAGGGGAAAUGAGCUACAAAGAUGCAUCCGCAAGAAGCAAAUUGUAGGACACCAAAUGUUUGAUCAGGAUUACAAGAACCUUAACAAAAGGAUCAGGUUCCUGUAUAGACGCUUCAACCGCACUGGAAAGCACCGCUAGGAGCAGACCUGUGAGAGCUAGCCAUGUGCAUCCUGGAAGGAAUGGCAUCCUGGGUCUAACAGGUUUAGCACCUGGAGCUGUGCACAGAAUGGGGUGUUGUAAAAUCAUAAUAAACU